AUGGCAAGCCUGGCCGAGCUCGACAUACAUGCGCUGGAGUCCAAGGCAGGAAUAUGCAUUGCAUGCUCCCUCGGCACAUCACACCAUGCUAUCUGCAGCAGCGCACACAUGGCCGCGCAGAGCCAUGCCAGCGUACACAUGGAACGGUGCAGGUGCAUGCAUGCAUCAGGGAGGAUCAGACGGUCCAUGAGGCUGGCGCGUCCUUUCUCGGGCGACACGGUCGUGCUCUCGGUGCGGUGCUCCAUCGUUGGUCCACCGUCAGCCUCCCACAACCUCUCUCUCCUCUUUUCAUCUGGGCCCCACCCACGUGCCCUCAUCGUCUCUCCUUUCUUUUCCUCUCUCCUCCCCCCUGCCCCUCUCUCUCGAGCACGGAGGGCGUCGGCGCCGGGCGGAGCAGCGCUGGAGGAGUCCGGCGUCCAGCUCGUACACUCCCUUUCCUCCACGCCCACACCCCCUCUCUCCCCGACCACUUCUACUCUCCAUGUACUCGCCGUGCGUGGCAUCCUUGGCCGGCGGGGCGGGCGCUGGCCGGAGCUGGCGAGGCGGGGCCGUGGCCGAAGCGGGCAAGGCCGGGGCGGAGAUGGAGCGCGCGGCGGCCAGGCGGAGGUGGAGCGCGCGGCGGCCAGGCAAAGGUGGAGCGCGCGGCGGUCGCGGGCGCGCAAGCAGCAACGCCUGGAGGAGCUCCACGGGACGGUGGCUCGCUUCCGCGCGGAGAAGCGCGAGCUGGCCGCCAAGCAGCACGUCGUGGCGCGGCACGAGCUCGCCGUGCGCCGCCAGAAUGCGCAGCUCCCUGACGCGCGCCGCCUCCUCGCGUUGCAGCGGCUCAGCAGCAACUCCGGUCGCGUCGUCCGCAUCCGGCACUGGCAGCGGUCCGGGAGGAGCCGCUUUCCCGCCGGCGGCAGAGCUGGGGCUGGGAGGAGUCGCUCGUCCACUCCGGUCCCUGUCGGUCCGCCGCGCGCCGCCCCUGCCCGGCUCUCGUCUGCCGCGCGCCGCCCCCGUCCGUCUCUCGUCCGCCGCACGCCGCCCCACCCCGGCUCUCGUCUCCGACGCACACCUCCAUCGCUGGGUCGCCUCGCCGCCGUGCUUCCGGGGGCGCAAGAGUGGAAAAAAUUCCACCCCAAGUCGAAGUUUUCGCCGGCAGCUCCCCAGGAGGCGAAAAAAUGUCUUCUGGAGGUGCCAACGGCUGGUGAUGCUCUCAGCACUCAGGCUGGGGACAAAAGAACUAGAUAUUUUCACAUUUACUACAAGUUGCGGGUGAUUUUAGAUUCCGAGAUGUGCAACCGCAUAAUGCCAAUCAAGUUGGGAGUAAAACUAAAUUUUGAAGAAUUACUCCGAAUGAGACCUUAG